GCAAAAAAGCCAAAAGUCCCAUUCUCCUUCCUGCUUUUUGCUAGCGAAUAUUUGAUCCUUCACUUUCGAAUCUUUGCGUUUAGUGCUAAAAGAGGUAGAAAUCGAAGAACAAUGGAGUAUUCCAACAUCGUAGAUGUCAAUGCCAACCUAGAUCUUAGUGGGGAUGAGAGAGAUAAGAAGUUAGACAACACUACCAAAAUGUGUCUACAUGUUGGUGGUAGAAGAAGAAGUGAUUCUUUACCAGCUCCUGGUGAUGAUCAGAAGGAAGACAAUGACAAUGCAAGUGACAAUGUCCAACCUAAUGUUACUGAGGAAAGUGUUGGCGUUGAUGGGGCUAUUGUUAACGUUACUGAGGAAGGUGUUGGUGUUGAAACUCAUGAUGGGGAUGUUGUAAGUGAUGAUGGUGUCAGAGCUGAAUAUGAUGAUGGUGAGGAAGAUCAUAUUAUUGAUGUUCCUGAGUUAACAGACAAUGAAGAUGAGGAGACGUUGCAAGCUAGAAAGAAUGUCAAGUUUUUCAACAACAUUAAGGACAGCAUUGAGAAAGACCUUGAACCACCAACAGUUGAUGUAAAGUAUUAUGAUGCACAUACUAUAGGUUCUAGUGCUAGAGGACCAAGUAGACAACAUUUUGAUAAAGCUGAUGAGAUAAGGAGUGAUGAAGAAAAUAGCCAUCUCUCAACAUCUGACAACAAAAGGAGUGAAGCCAAACAUGGUAAGAGGAGAUGGGCUACGCAUAAGGUUUACCAGGAGCCAGGAGAUGAUGAGACUCGUGACAUUAGAAUAGGAAUGAUUUUUAUCAACAACCAACAAUUUAAGGAUGCUAUGAAUAAGUGGAACCUCAAGCAAAGGCGAGAUAUUAAAUGGAUAAAAAAUGACCAUAUAAGAUGCAAGACAUCAUGCGUGAAGCUGUUAAAGAAGAACAAGCAAUGUAGCUCAAUAAUAGCUUCAAAGUACUUGGUGAGGCAUAGAGGAUUUGCUGCCUUGUACAUGAGGCAAAUUGACAUUUAUAAUGUCAUCAGGAGAGAGUUGAGUGUUGAGUUAUCUCACCAUCAAUUGAAAAGGGUGAAGAAGAAGAUCGAGAAGGCAUUUGAAGGUGAUUGCAAGAUGGAAUAUGGCAUGUUAUUAGUCUUGAUGGUGCCUUCCUUAAAGGAGCGUUCAAAGAAGUAUUGUUGGUUGUUGUUUCUAGGGAUGCAAACAAUCAGAUGUAUCCACUUGCAUAGGCAGCGGUGGAAGUUAAGGCAUAUUAAACCAAGUGCAGUCCUUGCCAUCAUGAACACACACCCUGGGUUUUGGUCAAAGGCUUUCUACAAAGAAGAUAGUAAGUGCGAUGUUGUUGAUAACAACAUGUGCAAGGUUUUUAAUGAUUUAAUACUGGAAGCAAGGCACAAGGUUAUAUUUUCUAUGUUGGAAGACUUGCGAGCAAUGUGUGCCAGGAGGAGGGUGGCUAGGAGGGAAUAUGGUAAUAGCAAAUUUGUUGGGAAUUUUGGUCCCAAAAUUUGGGCAAAAAUUGUUGCUGCCCGAGAAGUUAUUGUGAUCAACCAUGGACAAGAGAAUGAUGAGGACUAUGUAGCACAUUGGUACAACAAGCAAAUGUUCAUGGCAAGUCAUGAAUAUGAAGUCCCAGUCAUAGAAGGAAUGAACCAAUGGAAGGAAACUAAAAUGCCGCUUAUUCAACCACCAAAUCCAAGAGAGAUGCUUGGCAGGCCAAAGAAGGAACGAGUUUUAGAAGAAUGGCAGGGGAAAACAUCUGUUGGUAGAAAAGGGAGGUUGAUGACCUGUCAAAAAUGCUUUAAAAGGGACACAACUCAAGGUCAUCAAGAACAAAAUGAGGAUCAAGUAACUCCCCAAGAGGAGCAACCUCAAGGUGUUGAUGAAAACAUUGGGGGUAAUGUGGAAAACCCAAUGAGCCAAGUGGAGGAUCCUCUUAGUCAAGUUCUUAAUGAGGCACCUACACCAAAGAGAUUCAGGCAAACAGCAAGAAGAAAACAGGAGGUUCCAAGGAAGAGGGCUGAAAAGGAUCAUGCAACAACAACCACAGCCCCGUUCAAAUCACAGGUAGUAACUCCUUCAACACCCAAAGAUAAAGGGAAACAGCCAAAGCCAUGACAGCCAAAGAAGAAACCUUGCAUGGCUGCAAAUGCAUCAAAGUGAGAUUGGUGAAGAUUGAUUUUUUUGGAUUUUGUUAGGUUGAAUAUGCUAGGACGAGCAUAUUUUGUGUGGGGUUGUAUUUUGUGUAUAACAAUUAUGGUUGGUAAAUGUAGUUAUUGGUUUAAUGUGUAGUCCAUAAUUGUAUUUUUUGCUUAGGUUUUAAUUGUAAAAUUUGCUUUUUGUUGGUAUGUAUGAAACUAUAUUUAUGUAAGGUUUGUAAACACUGCAUCUCGGAAUGGUAUGCACUUUGCAUAAGUGCUUAUUUUCUCAAAUUUAUAUACAUUCACAUACAACAUUUAUAAUAGAUUUCAACAACACAA